AUGAACGGCGAUUUAAACAACACUCACGCGGCGCGAGAAGCGCUUACAUUUGAACCGGACCCUGCGUACUAUGGCCGGUCCUUCGCAAUUCCGCGGACAGAAGACGAUGAACAGGUUAGGGCAACAUAUCGGCCCUUCUUGUUGGAUGAGAGCGUUGCAAGGAACGAUUGGAUUGCCCAACUUGAGUUAAGCACCGUGUUGAAGAUGGUGGAAGAGGAAAUCUUUGCCAAGGAGCAAGAGAGGUUGAAGGUUCUAGUGUUAUACGGCAGUAUGCGGGCAAGAUCGUAUUCAAAGCUUCUUGCCUACGAAGCCGCAAGAAUCCUCUUUCGGCUUGGAUGUGACGUCCGCGUCUUCGACCCCACUGGUCUGCCCGUCAAGGAUGACGUGCAGCACUCACACGCCAAGGUGCAGGAACUGCGCGAGCUGAGCAAGUGGAGCGACGGGCACGUAUGGGUGAGUCCGGAGCAGCACGGCAAUCUGACCGCUGUCUUCAAGAACCAGAUCGAUUGGAUACCUCUUUCCACGGGUUCCGUUAGGCCCACUCAAGGCCGCACUCUCGCCAUUGCGCAAGUCUGCGGCGGUUCUCAAAGCUUCAACUGCGUGAAUUCGCUGCGCAUCCUGGGCCGAUGGAUGCGCAUGUUCACUAUCCCGAACCAGAGCGCGAUACCCAAGGCGUACACGCAAUUCACUGAUGCUGACGCCCCGGAUGGUGGUAGCAGGCUUAUGCCUAGCUCCAAUAGAGAUAGGGUCGUUGAUUGUAUGGAGGAGUUUGUGAAAUAUACGAUCGUUAUGAGGCCGCAUUUUCACUUGUUUGGGGAUCGGUUCAGCGAGAGGGAGGAGAAGAAGGUUAAGAGCGGGUGA